AUGAACACACUUUUGACCAUUCUUAUGGAGGCUGCUGAUCAGUUUGCAAUGGAUAUAGGCAAAAGAGAAGACUGGACAUUAAAAGAAUUGCUAGAUGUACCGCAACAACGAAACGGAAUAGAUUGCGGUAUUUUUUCCCUUCUAUAUGCGUAUUAUGAAGUUGAUGGAAGAUAUAUGGACUUUACUCAAGAACACAUUAGCUAUUUUAGAAGGAAAAUAUGUAAAGAGUUGUUACCAAGCCAAUCACAAUUAUCUUAA